CACAAUCUCCAUGGUUCAAGUUACAGCAUCCUGGGUCGUCUCCUCUGUCACAAAGGCGGCACUUGACAAGGCCGUCAAACAUGCUACCGACCGGAUCUCCUUUGCGUGGGGGUUUGAAGGAGGAGCCGGCAGAUCUUGUCCACUCCCUUACCCUGGUUGCAGCAGUGCUUGAACAUGCAGAAGAAUUGCAGUACAGUGAGCCGGUGGUGAGGAUCUGGCUACAAAAUUGCAUGUGAUCCUCUGGAUGUGUUGGAUCUGCCCCUUGGCUUUGUUGUAGCCAACAAACUUGAGAAUAUUAAAGAUCGUUUGGUGAAGGUGAAACAAAGAUGCUGUGUUUUUUCAGCUGAUUGCUGAUGCGAAGUGGAGUAGUCUUCCUCCAGGUAUGCCAGGUGUUGGGAUGAACAAAAAAAUCUAUGAUCUAGUUGCUUGGGUUUGUCUAUCUGAUGAGUUUGAUGAAGAAAAAGUCUUGGGGGAGAUGUUAGAGCAUUUUAAGGGUACUACUGCUGCUCCAAGAAGCAAUAGUAAUGCUUUGCUUCAAGAUCUUGCCAAAAGUAGAGAAAGCAGAACUUUUCUUCUCAAUCUUGGUUAUGUGUGGAACCAUGAUCGGCACAAGUGGGAUGCUUUAUAUUAUCUUUGUUAAAAAUUGUGCAAACUUCUGGGAACUGCGCUGUAAUAGCAAUUGUAAUGAAGGGGUGACAUUGGUGGUGGGAAGCACACUUCCUAUUCAGAAUCAUUAUCUGGUGGAGGCGCUUUCAAAUGGUGAAUUUUGGUUUAUACUUUAUAAUUAAGCAGAUGGUUCUUGGAUCUUCCGCAACAAAAUCAAUAUCUUCAGAUUUGGAGGCUAUUGGGCAACAGAGUGCAAAACAAUGUGGAGGCUUGCCACUGGUUGUAGCAGUCACUGGAGUAACACUGAGUCAUCAAGAUGGCCCAAGGGUUCCUUCACGAAUCUGAUAAAUUUGAUGAAACCACUGUUACAGUGGAGGGGACUAGUAACAAGUUCUUUGAUGAGCUGUUAUCUAAUUCUUUAUUCCAGGAGGUGAAAAGAGAGAGAUUUGGAAAUAUUAAUUCUUACAAGAUGCAUGAUAUAGUGUAUGAUUUUGCAUUUAUCUGUUGAGAAGGGUGAAGCUCUGAUUUGGGGGACUGGUUGCAGCAUAGAUGAGAAUUUCAAAUCAGAGUUUCACCUUUUGAAACAGAUAAUGCAAGAUCAUGCACUACAUCAUGCAUCUUGCAAGAAUUAAUAUUUUCAUAUCUAUCUCUUUGCAUCCCUUGGAAUAAGGAAUUAGAUAACAGGUCAUGAAAGAAAUUGUUACCGGUCUCCUCCAUUGUGACAGUCGUUUCAUCAGAUUUAUCAGAUUCGUGAAGGAACCCUUGGGUCAUGUAGAGUUGAACUAAAUCUUUUUCUUUUUUUCUUUUUUUCUUUUUUUCAUUUUCAAUCCUUUUGAAAAAUUGAGCAAGGAAAAGCAUAGAAGCAGAUGAAGCUGAGUGAGACCAAUUUGUAUCUGAGUGAAUGAUAUGAUGAAUCCAAUCAACAGACUUCUUGUCUUUUCAAACAUGUUAGUUAUAGUAAUUAUAUUGAUAAUAAGUCUUGAAGCAGAAGUGACUGCUGCUCUUAUGCUUUUGUUAGUCAAAAACAGGAGGAAAAUUUUGUUAAUUUGCUGGCUUCUUUCAUUGCCAACUUCAUCAUGUUAAGCUUUCCUCUAUGCGUAUUUUGAGUUGUAACACAAUUUUAAUAUAGAGAUAAGAAAGUGAGUGCUGUUUG